GACAGCCUACAGGUCUAGGUUUUAUAUAUCUGGUUUGUUUUAUGUAUCAUGUAUGUAGACAUUUAAGUGGAUAUUUUCUGACAAGAUUUUUUUUUUCAAAAACAAGGAGUUUAUUAUAGAGAUUGAACAAAUUUGAUAACUGGAGUGAUGGAGACUACUAUUCCAAAAUAUCUUUGAAAAUAAAACAUUAAAAUUCUUCUAUUUUUUAAAAAUUCUUAUGCAAACGGAAACAGUGGAAAAUUAUACCCACGGAUCGUCAUCUUUGAAAAGAAAUCCACCCACUAUUUGGAACCAUGCUAGUCACAAGUAAUUGGAGCAAUGAGAUCAAGAAAAGACUAAGUAAAAGCUGUCACCUCCGAGGGCGGUAAGGGUGACGAUGAACACAGAACGAUUUCAAGGUAGUAUUCAGUAAAAAAAUUGCAAAAUAAUUUGCAGUUAUUCAAACGGCGAAGAAAUCUGUAGCCUAUAAAUUCCUAUAAAUUAGUUUACCUACAUAUACAACUUCAACCUAACAGGUAAGACGAGCGAUAAGUUGUAGAAUGUGCAGAAUGACAGGUUUAGUGGUGGUGAGAGUGGUAUGCGAUGAUAAUAUUCGGUUAUUUGGAGUUGGAAGGUUGAGCAACUGAGAGAGAAGGCGCAGAUUUGAGUUUUAUUGAUCAGCUAAGAUGAAUGUUGUGAAGUCUCAGGUGUGGCAGCCUUGUAAUCGUAAGCGUGGUACUGCAUAAUCUGUAAUAAAGUGCCGGCAUAAUCUGUAAUAAAGUGCGUAUAUAUCAUUUAUGGGAGAAAAAUGAGCACGCAAAGAACUCGUGUGGGAAAGUAUGAAUUGGGGCGCACGGUGGGAGAGGGCAAUUUUUCCAAGGUGAAAUUUGCGAGGAAUGUGGAGAGCGGAGAAAGUGUUGCCAUCAAGAUCAUGGAUAAGGACACAUUGCUCAAACACAAGAUGGUCAAGCAGAUAAAGAGAGAAAUUUCUACAAUGAAAUUGAUCAAGCAUCCAAAUGUUGUCCUGUUGCAUGAGGUCAUGGCUAGUAAAAAAAGGAUCUAUAUUGUUCUUGAGUUCGUGAUGGAAGGCGAGCUUUUUGAUAAAAUUGUUCACCAAGGAAGAUUAAGAGAAGAUGAAGCAAGAAAGUAUUUCCAACAACUUAUCAAUGCGGUGGAUUAUUGCCAUAGUAGGGGUGUGUCGCAUAGAGACUUGAAGCCAGAAAAUUUGCUUCUUGAUUCGUAUGGAAAUCUCAAAGUGUCAGACUUUGGUUUGAGUGCACUGCCACAACAAGUCAGGGAAGAUGGAUUGCUUCACACUACUUGUGGAACCCCAAAUUAUGUUGCACCUGAGAUCAUCAAUGAUAAAGGUUAUGAUGGUGCAACUGCAGACUUGUGGUCAUGUGGUGUUAUUCUCUUUGUUUUGAUGGCUGGUUACCUUCCUUUUGAUGAACCCAAUGUUAUGGCACUAUAUAAAAAAAUUUGUAAAGCAGAUUUUAGAUAUCCUCUAUGGUUUUCAUCAAGUGCAAAGAAAUUAAUUUCAAGAAUUUUGGAUCCAAAUCCCAAGAUGCGAAUUACAGUAUCAGAGAUCCUAAAGAAUGAAUGGUUCAAGAAAGGUUACAAGCCACCCAAGUUCCAAGAAGAUGAGGAUGUAGGCCUGGAUGAUAUAGAUGUUGUUUUUGGUGAUUCAGAGGAGCAUCUUGUCACAGAGAUAAAAGAGACAAAGCCUGUAAUUAUGAAUGCAUUUGAACUUAUUUCCAUGUCACAGUCUCUUAAUCUUGGUAAUUUGUUUGAACAACACAUGGGUUUGGUUAAGCGAGAAACAAGAUUCACAUCCAAACACCCUGCCAAAGAGAUAAUAUCAAAAAUUGAGGAAGCUUCUGGGCCUCUUGGAUUCAAAGUCAAAAAACAAAAUAAUAAGUUGAAGCUGCAAGGUGUCAAUACUGGAAGAAAAGGCAGUUUGUCCAUAGCAACAGAGUUAUUUGAAGUUGUUCCAUCACUUUGCAUGGUCGAGGUUCGGAAGGCUGGAGGUGAUACCCUUGAAUUUCAUGAGUUCUACAAGAAACUUUCAUCUGCAUUAAAAGACAUCGUUUGGAAGUCUAAGGUGAACAUCAGGGAAAUUACAUAGAUUGAUGGUCAGUUAUGUGAAACAAUCAGGGAAGCUUCGAAAAUAUGCUCUCUGCUGAUAGACCACCAUUACAGAAACUGAUUGAUUAGUUUUGUUAAAUACUGCAUGCUGCAUUCUCAUUAAUAUGAUUAUUAGUUUAGAUUUAGACAACAUUUUCAUCAGAUGAUUAUUGAUUAGACAGUAUAAGAUUAAGGUAAAUGGAAUUGAUAACUAUGAACUAUACAGUUGAAAGAUGAAUGAAAUUGUGAAAAGAAAGUACAAUCCGUUACUGUUUAUCUAUGGAUUUUGCCCUUCUGAUACAAAACUUUAACACUUCUUUUUUUCCUUUUCAAAUCUUCCUUUACUUGCAACUGGGAUCUUGUGAGAUUGCCGUUGCGUGCAAUUGUAUAUUUCACCACUCUGAUCGAUUUUGCAGUCAUUGCAAUUAUUCUC